AUGUGCUUUCUAUCGUCAUCGUUUCUUCCUUUUUUACUGUACUUUGAUGAAGUGAACGCUUUGCAUCAAUCUCAGUUUUCAUCAUCAGCUUUGAAUUGGGUCAGCAGAUUGAAUUUCAAAGGCCUUUUUGAGAUCUUUUCAAUAAUAUUUAAGAGGGAACAAAUUGCGCUACCUACUGAAUCUUCUGAGGAUUUAAGAUUUCAAACGUUAAAACCUAGAGAAUCUGAUGGGAAUGUUUCCAAUUCGAGCGAGAGAGAACAUUCUGUAGAACAAGAGAUAAAUAUGGCAUGUGACCAGAAUCGGGCUUUAUUGAAAGUAUUCAUGUAUGACUUGCCUCCGGAAUUUCACUUUGGGUUAUUGGGUUGGAAGGGAAGUGUAAAUCAAACAUGGCCUGAUGUGGAUAACCCCAGUCGUGUCCCACGUUAUCCUGGGGGACUGAAUUUGCAGCACAGUAUGGAAUAUUGGCUCACACUUGAUCUUUUAGCAUCAAAAAAUGCUAAAGCUGGUCGGCCUUGUACUGUAAUUAGAGUGCAGAAUUCAAGUCAAGCAGAUAUUAUUUUUGUGCCGUUUUUCUCUUCUCUGAGUUACAAUCGGCAUUCCAAGACUCAAGGGGAGGGACAAGUUAGUGUUAACAAAAUGUUGCAAGACAGAUUGGUACGUUUCUUGAGAGGGCGCAAAGAAUGGAAACGUGCGGGUGGUAAGAAUCAUCUAAUUGUAGCUCACCAUCCUAACAGCUUGUUGGAUGCGCGAAGAAACUUGGCUUCUGCUAUGCUUGUGCUUGCGGAUUUCGGAAGGUAUCCUGUUGAGUUAGCAAAUAUCAAGAAAGAUAUCAUAGCUCCCUAUAAACAUUUGGUAGGUACUAUACCAAAAGCAGAGUCACCUUCAUAUGAGGAACGUUCCACACUCGUGUAUUUCCAAGGGGCGAUAUACAGAAAAGAUGGAGGAGUUAUUCGCCAAGAACUGUAUUACCUUCUCAAAGAUGAGAAAGACGUGCAUUUUGCAUUCGGAAGCAUAGGAGGAAAUGGGGUUAAUCAGGCAAGCCAGGGCAUGUCGACGUCCAAAUUCUGCCUGAACAUAGCUGGAGAUACUCCAUCUUCCAAUCGACUCUUUGAUGCCGUAGUAAGCCAUUGUGUUCCCGUGAUCAUCAGUGAUGAAAUUGAGCUACCAUACGAAGAUGUUUUGGACUACUCAGAGUUUUCCUUGUUUGUUCGCGCCGCCGAUGCCAUAAAGAAAGGCUACCUGUUGAAUCUCCUUCAUUCAAUCAAGCGCGAGGAAUGGAUCAAGAUGUGGGAAAGAUUGAAGGAGAUUACACAUCAUUACGAGUAUCAAUAUCCAUCCCGGCCCGGGGAUGCAGUGGACAUGAUUUGGCAGGAAGUUGCGCGCAAGAUAUCUUCAAUUCAGUUCAACUCACACAGGAAGAACAGAUACAAUAGAUCUCAGCUUCUUGUCAAGACUAACUGA